AUGCCGAUAUUCGAAGAUCGCGACGCGGCAAGAUUCGACUGCGGUUACGGUGGCCAACUCUAUAAUUCAGCGAUUCGGGAAGAAAGAGCACGUGGCGGCUGCGGAAGUUGCGGAGGUCAGGCAGCCGUGAAUCCCGUGAGUUACCGUAAUGCCCCAAUCUCAAAGAAAGCCAGAUUCCCUUGCGACGGUCCCCCAGCAGGAAGCUACGGGGCAGCGAGCCAACCCAAAAUGAAGGGCGCUUGUCCUUGCGGCGGAUGCGGCGGACCCGCGUGUUCCGAGGAUCCGGAUCGCGGAUGCGCCGAGUCCGCGGAUUUCAAGCAACCGGCUAGUGGCGGAUGCGGCGGAACCGCCAGUUCCCAGUAUCCGAGAUACGGGGAAAAAGAGAAUCGCGAAGAAAAAAGUGGCGGGUGCUGCAAGACCAGUCGCCCACGAGGGAACCCUUGCAAAUGCAAAUGCCAGUCGUGCGAAGCCCCCGAACCAAACGGUGGUUGCGGCGGCGGAUCCUGUGGCAUGAUGUACAGCUGCUCUGGCUCCAGCGCCGGACGUUGUUGUUUUCCUCGUAAUACGAAAAGACGAUCCGGCCCAGAAUGUUGCGGAGGGGGCGAUCCAAGUUGCGGUGGUUGUUGCUGA